GCCGACCCCCUCCUCUCCCGUGGCGCCUCGCCCGCUCCCCGCCGAGCUCCGCGCCGCAGGUGACCCCCCGGGGGGGAGGGCAGGGGCCGGGAGCGGCCGGGGGAGGGGGCGAGGGGCGGGGAGGCCGGGCUCGGGGGGUCGCUGUCAGCGGCGCCCGCUCGGGGCACGGCUCGGCUCGGCUCGACAGCGCAAAGCUGCGCUCGGCUCGGCUCGGCGCGGCUCGGCACGGCGCAGCGCCCCGCGCCAUGGGCCGGAGCUUCCCCGGCGCGGGGCUCGUCCUGGCGGCGGCCGCGGCCCUCUGCCUCGGCGGGGCGGGAGGCAAGGUGUAUUACUCCUGUGGUGCAGUGGUGGAAUCGAUGGAAAGAGGCCUGAUUUUAUCACCAGGUUUUCCAAACAACUACUAUGCAGGGACACACUGCGUUUGGCAAUUUUUCAUCCCCAUGAGAACCCAUCUUAUCUUGGAAAUUUUUGACUUUGACAUUUUUGAGAGCUCUAGUGAAGCUCCAGCCCCCUGGGAUGGCUUUUCAGCCCCUACUAAAACAGGAAAUAAGGACAUGCCUUCUCAUGAGGAAAACCUGGACUUGGCUCUCCGUACUACAAACCCCUCUCUCCAGACCUGGAUGUCAAAGGUGGCUCAGAAUCUGAGCAGCACAAGAGAUCAGUCAAAGGACCUUGCUAGUCACCUGGAUGAACUUCCAGGAACCGCCUCAAAAAAAGAUGAAGCCAAACAAGCAUCUGAAGAAAACCAGUCGAAGCAGAUGAAGGAACCCAAAGCGAUUACCAAGGCUCAAACAGAAGAGCUGCCAUUCCCUGUGGCUGGUAGUGCCACAACGCAGAGGCAAAAUACCAGUGGCCUGGAAGCAGAAGAAGAUUUGAAAGGGAAACUCUUGCUUGCCCACCUAGCUGCUAGUGAGAGAGAUGAAGUUACAGUAGAGAGCUGGACUCUUCCCACAACAGUAUUGCCCAUGGAAAUCUCCUCUAGCCCACAGCCAGCAGUGGAUGUCUGUCCCCAUGAUGUACUAUAUGUUUCUGAUCUCAUCACAUUUUCCUCUCGCUUCUGUGGACCAAAUUCACCUUUAAACAAGACCUUGGUCUUUGGUUCAUCUCUGGAAAUGGUUGAGGUUAUCAUGGAACUGAUCACCACCACAGACCGGGGCCGAGGCUUUGCAAUGCUCUUUGAAUACAAGAACAUCACCGAACCUACCACUGUAGAUGCUGUGAGGCAGGAGAGAAAGGAAAACACGAUGAUGCUGGCAAUUAUAACAGGGAUUGUCUUUUUUGCACUUGCUUUGCUCUCUGCCCUCUGCAUAGCUUGCAGGCAGAGAACGUGCCCCAAAAGGAGCUCAUCCAACGCACGCAGUGACCAGGAGAACGGGAUCCAGAACUCCGCCGUCGAUAUCAAUGAGCUCCAGCUGGUGGUGCCAAGUCGGCAGAAUGAAAACAACAACCACUCUGUCAGCCGGGAGCAGGCGGUCACUUCCUGCAGAGGCAGCACAGAACGGUCUCCUCAGGACACUGACCCAGAUGUGCCCUCCUCCAUAUCCGCAGUGACCACUGAGACUGGGAGCGAUGAAGUGUUUAUUAUUUCUGCUGGACCUGGGGCCAGUGGGCUGAGCUUUACCACCUACAGAAUACAGGACAAAAACCUAAAAAGAAGUGUCACAAGCCCAGCCUCUGUGUCUGACUGGCUGACUUCUAAUCACACAGCUGCAGGAGCAGAUGCUGUUGAGAAGGGGAACGUCCAGCUGGAAAAUCACUGUCCCAGACAACGCACGUGGAGUGCCCGCACUUUCCACGACUUCCUGGCUCCAAUACCACAGCUACAGAAAAAAUGGUGUAGCUGGACCACCAACAGUCCCUUCACAAAGCUGGUUGACAACAAUAGUUUUCCGACAGCUGCAAGAUCCCAGGGUGUCCCAACCAGAAAGGUAAUCUCAGCCACUGAGAUAGAGGGAGCAUCAGGGACUGUUUACUCUGAUUCAUCUGCCAGUAAUGCCUCAUACCCCCUCACUCUGUCUGCACAAAGGCAGCGGAAGCUAAGCUCCUGCAAUUUGAAGAAAUCCAGGUUUGGUAACCCUUAUUUUGGAUUUUUAGCCAGUUCCCCUGACAGCAAACAGGUGAGGUCCUUGGAUCCCUCAAGACACCUAGGGGCAGCAUCUCCAGUUAACAGCCAAAGCCCCAAAAAUCUUCUAGAGAGCUCCAACCCACUGAAAAUCAACUUGGUCAAUGGUUCAAAAACAAAGGAGCUUAUGGUAGAAACAGAUAAAAACAAACCCGUUUUUGUUAUUUCUGAAGAAGGGGACGAUCAGCAGCCUCUGGUCCUAGCAGAACAUCUUAGUCAAUGUGGAGAUCAUCUGUCAGAGCAAAAUGCUGUGUAUGCUCCAGCUGUGCCAGAUAACCAGCCAGUGAUUCUGACUGUUGAGGGGAACAGUUCUGCCAGCUUCACGUCAAAUCUUCCCCUUUGGGCAAAAUCCCCCAGUUUAUACAAAGGUCACGUGAAGGCCCCUGGCUCUUCCAGGGACCAGCAGAGCUUGUCAGUUGGAGAUGCUAAUACUACUGAGAUCUCACAGAACUGUGAUACCCUAGCUGCUCCUACGCUAUGCCAAGCUUCAGUCCAGUGAUGCCCUCAGAAAGACUGAAACAUCAGUUCUCAAAAACAGAGGCGACAGGGGCGUGAUCAGAGUGGAAGCUGUGCCAAGUAGUUGAGCGUGGCAGUCAUAGAUGGAUGCAGCUUUGUUAAGAGCGGUCUUUGCUUCGCACCCGUUGGGAUUGAGAUUACGAGGAUACCUACCAUAGCACAGCAUAAAUGCCAUCUUCCCUUAUGCUCGCUAACCUCAUCUCUGUUCUGCUGCAUGAGAGUUUGAUGUGGUUUAUACAAGAAAGCAUCCUCUGAAAAGGUACUUCAGACUGCGGAAAACUUUUUCUGGAAUGAGAAACAGAAGUCAUCUGAGAUGGUUACAUCGUGGUUUAUAUCUGAAAUGUAAAUCAGUCCUCUGUCACUGUGGUAUCACUUGAGUCUUUCUGUUGGGAGCUAUGAGUUAUAUUCUGUUUAUAGCUAUGCCUGUGCAAUCCAAGCCUUGCCAAGCCAAGGGUAAGAAUUCAAUCAUGCAUGUUUGCGUACAGUUUUGUAAACUUAAUUGUAAGCAUUUCAUAACUUCUACACUCUAGCACAAAGUUUACCAAGCAUUAGCAUCUCUAAUAUUAAAGACCACGAUUAUCUCAUAUCCUAACUCUUUAGAGAAGUGUACAGGCAAGCUGAGCAACCCAAUACUUGAUGGUAGUUCUAUAAAAGUCUGAUGUAGCUUUAUCUUUGUUAGAUCUACAUAGGCUUAAAACACCUCAGUCCACUACAUUUUUAAGUGACUCCUCAUGGCAACAGGAGCAUGUGUACAAAAACACUGAAAUACUAGGAAUAGUCUUCAGCAUCCAACACUUGGAUAUUUGCAGCUGCUGUGAUCCUAUAUCCACCAGCUAUUUAUUGCUGGUAACGCACAUUGACUAGACAACUAUUUCCCUUCCUUUAGCAGGCAAGACUUAAAAGACAAAAUUAAGUGGGGCAAACUUUCGAGUGCUCCCUUUCUUUAGAAAUGAACUACUAAGUGGCUGUGCCUCCCUGAUUACAAAUCCAGGGCAUUCAGUGGAGCACUGAACCAAAGGGAAGCCUGCUAGUCCUAUUGCCUUUAAUAACCCCAUCAGUAUUUUAAUUGCCUUCUGGUGAUAUUUUCCUAUCUUUGCAAGAGACUCCUGCAUGUUCAGCCCAUAACUUAGAAUUAUUUUGCUUUCUUAAAUGAAAGAAAUUCCCUAUGAAGCUGUAUUUUGCAGCUGACACAGCACAUUGUUUUAAAGCAAUAGUAUGUCAUAAAACAGGUGUCAGAAAGAAAUCUUCUGUACAAGUCUUCCCCUGUAUUAGCUACAGUGUGCAUCGAGUUAUCUUAAUCCUUCUGUGUGAAGGCAUUGAAGUCUGAUUCCUGAAAUAUUUAACUGAAUUAUUUAUGAUUUCACCUGCUACUACAGCUUCCAUUUGCCACCUAUUAACGUCUGAGAUAUGCAACACAAGAUUGUAGGUUUUCCUAUAUAUUUUGUGUGUGUGUUUACGUGUCAACGUAGACAUAGAAGCCUUGCAUCUGGUAGCAGUGGAAGCAAAAACGUAUAUGCCCUUUAGCAGUUGACUCAAAGAUGAACAGCAAACAAGUCUCCGCAAUUGUUAUUACCAGACUGUGUUGAGUAGUUCUGAAGCACAAAAGUCUGGCUCCAAGUUGGGUUUUUUUUUGUUGUUGGGGGUUUUUCUUGUGUGGGGUUUUUUUUUUAAUUAACGCUACAUGAUUCAAAGGGAAGAGUUAAUAUAUUUAAGAAAAUAUUUAGAAGUCUUCAGCACUCUAAUAAUAACUUCCACUGCAUUAAAUUCAUGUACAUUGUAAUUCAGAGUCAAUGUUCUGUUACUUAUUACAUUUCUAAAGAUUGAAGUACUAAAAUCUACUUUUGAAAAAUAUUUGUGUUCAGUUAUUGACAAUAGCUACAUUUGAAGGGCUGGAAAAAGUGGCUUUUUCAAUAAAAGCGUGUUUAACUAUUCAUUUCUACA